CACAGUUUUUAGGUGUCGAGAGGUAGCAGUGUUUUUGGUGUGAGUGUUCAUGGAGACUUUGUGUUGUGUGGAUUAAAAGCUAGUUUCGUAAUUUUACAGCUAAGUUUUGGCAGAUCUGACUCGGUUUCGCUGGAUAUUUAGAUUAAAUAGGCUCCGUGCAGUUUCAUUUGCUCGGAGACUCGGUUUAGUGUUGAAUGAAUGCUUUUGCUGGAAGCGUUUUUAUCUGAAUUUUUUUGACAACUUUAUUGGAAUUUAGAUUUUGGAAGUGAAAACAGUGGCUUUACAAAAUUUGGAGGUGUUGGAAUUUUUGGUUUUGUAAUGGUUCCACCCAUUGAGGCUACUCAAACAGUUACUGAGAUUCCCCAAAAAGUGACUGAAAUUCCUAAGAAAGUUGCUGAAGUUCCUAAGAAAGUUACCGAGACUCCCCACAAGGGUAGCAACCAUUAUUCCUCACAUCCACCUCUUAAUGAGAGGAUACUUUCUUCCAUGACCAGGAGGUCUAUAGCUGCACACCCUUGGCAUGAUCUUGAAAUAGGACCUGAUACUCCAAAGAUCUUUAACUGUGUGGUAGAAAUCGGAAAAGGAAGCAAGGUGAAAUAUGAACUUGACAAAAAAACUGGACUUAUCAAGGUUGACCGUAUACUGUACUCAUCUGUUGUCUACCCUCACAACUAUGGCUUCAUCCCCCGUACGCUUUGUGAGGACAAUGACCCCUUGGAUGUCUUGAUUAUUAUGCAGGAGCCAGUUCUUCCUGGAUGCUUUCUUCGGGCUAAAGCUAUUGGCCUGAUGCCCAUGAUUGAUCAGGGUGAGAAAGAUGACAAGAUCAUUGCUGUCUGUGCUGAUGAUCCUGAAUACCGUCACUACAAUGACAUCAAGGAGCUGCCACCACAUCGUUUGGCUGAGAUCCGUCGCUUCUUUGAGGACUACAAGAAAAAUGAGAACAAGGAGGUUUUAGUUGACGACUUUCUCCCUGCAUCUGCUGCCUUUGAAAGUAUCCAGCAGUCCAUGGACCUUUAUGCGGACUACAUUGUGGAGAGCCUCAGGCGGUAGUUGUUUGUGCGAGCAAUGAAUCUCGGUGCUAUCCUAUUAUAGACAGAUUAUAUAUGUCCUUAUCUUUGUAAUGAUGAUGAUGAUGAAAAUAACUCAACAAAUUAGUCGUUUUGGCAUACAUACAUUGUCUCGCAAUGUAACAUGCUUAUACGACUUCUAGAUGGAAAUUUUCUUAUAUGACAAGUAUUAAGUCUUGUAUACAGUGAUGAAUGUUGAAAAGCAUACAUCUGUGUCCCAUUUUUUUGUAUUAGCCUAUCAUGGGUUUCAGACAAUUAUCUUUGAUUUGUGUUAUGGUUAUCCCUUCAUGAAUGUAUUCUUUAUAAAUGUAUUCUUUUA